AUGGCACUGAAGCCGCUGCUUGGACUGCUGUUGAUAGGGACCUCAGUAUCGAUUGCUGGCGCCUAUGAUGCGGAACUAUCCAGUGAAGUCAGCGCUUUCAUCCCUUCUUGUGCCCAAGGAUGCUUCAAGGCGUUCGUCCAAGAGAACUAUGCAUCUUCAUCGUGUGGCACUUCUGCAUCGCUACAAUGUCUUUGUUCUCAUGAGUCGGCUGCCAACCUUACUGUCGGAGAGGCUGCUGCAGAAUGUAUUGGUGGAUCCUUCUUCUUUGGCAUAUGUACAGCAGACGAUGGCAAGCAAGCAGGAGUGGCAUACCAGAUGUGUUCGGGCCAGAUAAGCGCCCUUCCAAAUACGCAGCCAACUCCUCUGUCGGCCGCCUUUGUGCUGGGUGGUGGAAGCGUGGUCAUAUCAACGUCGACAAGUACCACAUCGACCUACACUACCGCACCAAUCUCCACAAGUCAUGGCACUACUUCGACAAUGCUCACGACUUCUGUGUCAUCUGCCACGACUGCAUCAAGCACAUCGUUGGUGCCAUCGCCCACAUCGACAACAACACGGCCAACAGAGACCGCCAGCGCUCAGACAAGUGAGACACCGACCGCGACCUCAACAUCCUUGAACAAGGGCCAAAUCGCAGGCAUUACGGUGGGCGUUGCUGGAGCUAUCAUCCUGGCACUCGUCUCCAUAUUUAUGGCGCGUCGUGCGAGGAAACGAAGAUAUCCCGGCCUCGAUGAAGAGGGUUUCAUGCCUAUGGAAGAGAAGAGUAGUUCUGGGGGCCGGAGUGCGGCUGCCAGGCUCACCAAAAUAUUUCACAUUUCGCCACCUAUACUGAGGAAUCAACGGCCAUUCACACCAGAAACGCCGCCGUCAGGAAGCGAGUACCCAAACGUUGACCGAAAUACAAUAGGACUUGCUAUCUCACGGCCACGGAGUGAGGUUGUCCCCAAACCACAAAGUCCAGUACGGGAGCGACGAAUGUCAAAGCUGUUACCGCCAAAGCCGCUGCGGCCGUCCAAGCCGAAUCUGACGCUGAACAUCCCAACUGCCGUCCAUCCUGCACUUCGUACUCAUUCGUCACAACCUCAGACGGAUAGAACAAGCACCAUGACGAACAUGACGGCUUUUGCUGAUUUGGACACGGAAGCACCCGAAGGCGGCCAAAUAUGGCGCCCACCACCUUCGGAUCCUCAAUCAGCGACAACAUACUACGUUGCUGAUAAAUGGGGCAACUGGGUUCUCAAUAAUACCAACAGACAGUCGCAACUCGCUGGUGUUGCAGAGGCAGCCGAGUUGGACACUUAUACGCCUUUGACGAAGUCGCCCAUUGAAAAGCAGGAAGAGCAGGCGGCGACGGCAUUGGCCACGGCGAUCUCUGCAGCCUCUGCCCCUGAGCUCCCAAUGCCACCACAGGUUCUACUAAAGCCAGAUGGGCGAGAUGCAUACAUGUCUCAAGCUUCCAGCGUAUACUCCCAAAACAGCGCCUUUCGCAACUCUGAUCGGCCGCCGAUGCCCACAAUUAGGAGGAUGAGCAGUUCGGGUCAGAGGAGGACUAGCCGAUCAGACUCCAAGGCUUCCAUGGAUUCGGCGACAACCAUUCAAUCAAGUUCCUCUGCCGGUGGUCCGUUUGACGACAGCCCUCCCGUUGAAGAGGCCGAACCCAGCCGUCUGUCUACACUUUCGCCAGUCAUUGAGUCGCCCCGUACGCCCACAGGCCGCUCGCCAGUCACGUACCCAAAAAUACCUGGACGGCUCGACUUGGCAACGAUCCGUAUGGUUCCUCCACCCAAGCGACCGAGCUUUACAUCUUCGCCUCCGGGACAGCCGAGCCCGACUCUCGGAGCAGUCGUUCCAAUAAAGGGAUCUCCGUCUGCUUAUCCGCGGCCGCUAAAUCCAAGACGAGGAGAUCAGACAGGAAUCAUUAAUGCGCCAAACUUGCGGCCAUCCCAUCAGUCGACAGGCUCAGGAUUCUCUCCGGAACAGCCGUCGAUACGUCAACCCCCCGCAACACCCCCAAAUGUGCCUCUUCGAUCUGAAAUGCGUCUAUCGCGACAAUUUCCCCCACGCCUGGAUACCUACAACCUCCCACCACCGCCACAGACGCGGGCCUCGUCCUUUGUGUCACCCACCAGUGCUGUGACGACAUCUUCGGUGGCCAGUUCCUUGCUUGCAAAACGGGUCGGCAAUGAAAAGGCCGCCGCCCUGUCGCUCGAAAAUAACCAAAAGAAACCCACUGCCGCAUGGAAGCGUCACGGUCCCGGUGGACUCUUGAGCCCAGACAUGGCAGCAAUGAUGUCGCCGGGUGCUCGUGGCCUCGGAAGCGGCGGACUUCCGGCUACACCUACUUGGCAACCGAAACUGACCCCUACACGAAGGGGUGACGAUCUCUUCCUGAAUGUUCAGUGA